AUGUCGUCUGACUGCAUUUUGCAGUCUUGCCCGCCUGAUGACCAGGUGCACGGUGGGAGCUGGAACCCCGUACGAGCCGGAGCAGACGAUCAAGCUGAAGACGCACGAGCUGUGCGGGAGCUGUACCUCCUGGGGAUGCCCGGCCACACGAUCCAGCGCGAGUACAAUGUGAUCCCAACUAAGCGAAACUGGAACCCCGUACGAGCCGGAGCAGCCGAUCAUGCAGAAGACGCACAAGCUGUGCGGGAGCGGUACCUCCUGGAGAUGCCCGGCUACCUGAUCCAGCGCAAGUACAAUGUGAUCCCAGCUUGGCGUGAUGAGCAACCAGCGGGGAUGUGCGACUGCAUGCACCCACGCAAAAAAGGGGAGGAGGAGCAGACUGACCUCACGAGCCUCAUGCAGACCUUAGGCAACCACGACAACUCCGAGGACCAGGUCGGCUUGGACCCACAGGUCGUGGGCAUGAACCCGAACCAUGACCAGGUCGGUGAGGGCAAUGCGGUCUUCAGGCAGGUCUACCUCCAAUGGCUCCGGGACCGCUUUGCACAUGAGGGGCGAGCAGACUUAUGUGAGCCCCUGUCCCGGGAGGAGCUUGAAUUGGUGCGUGAAAUUGAACAAGCCUGCUUCCAGGACUUCCAACAGGUGUUACAGGAGUGCCCUAGCUUGGAGCUUUCUUCCGUUGAAGAGGGGGGCAGGGACACCAGACGGCAGCUUGCCGCACUCCGACAGGAGAUCGCCGAGACCUUCGUGAACCUGGAAACCCGGAACGAACUGCCGGGCCUACGUGCGGAACUACACCACCAGCUUGCGACUCGGGGCAACUACGCUUUUGCCUCCUACGUUGUUGCACAGCUGGGCGACAUGCACCCACGGCUACCGGCGAUCGGUGAUCGGACCACAUGCCAUCCUGAAGGUAGACUUUGGGUGCAGUGGGUCCUCAUGGGACUGUGGCAACACCAUUGCCACUCGAUGGUUGAUCACUCGCCUCUGAGAGCCGGUCCAGCCUCCGAACGUGGCGACAGAUCGCGAUCUCGCAGGGCGAGAGGCAGCACUGAGGUCGACGACGGGGAGGACGAUGGGAGCUCACUGUUCUCUCUGCGCUUCCUAUUGGUGGCACAGACAGUGAGGCAGGGGACAUCCUUUGACGAACCAUUCUAUCCGGGACAUGGGCCCCACUGGUACACGAAUGCCAUCGAACGAGGUUGUGAACUCAUGAACCGGGGGUACAACGAUGGGGACCUUGACAGAGCACUCUGGAAGGCUAUGCUGGACUACCAGGAUGAUAGGUUCACCACGGAGGCCGGCUUCUACCUCGGGGGUAUAGCCCGGGCCAUGGACAGACAUCGCCAAGGCAGAGGAGGGCAUCCGUGGGCGCCACCACGCCCCUUUGCACCCCCGGCGGUGGUGGAAAUGGACAGCUGGGUCCGAGACACCAUUGCAGCAGUGCGACGCCACUGGUUCUGGAUGAUCUGCCCCACCGCGGUCCGCAACAGGAACCUUGAAGCAAGCAUGGAGGAAGAUGAAUACCCUGAUCCUCUAUGCUGUGCUACGCUCUAUGAGGAAGAGGACAGCGAAGCCGAGCGGUCCCGACUGUCAAGAUCCCGGACGCCACAAAGGGGAGACAUGAGGAAACGGCUGGGCUUGCGAAAAUCCCGAAGUGACGCUCAGGGUUCAGGGGCUACUUUGGAAGAGGGCGAGGUCGUCACGCUCAUGGAUACCGACGAGAUCACGAAGUACCAGAAAUGCCCGCCGAAGAUCGAAGGAGCCAACGAGGGGAACAUCGACCACUGCAUCUUCGAGGCCACCUCUAUGCCGUACCACUACGACCACAAGGCGACUGAUUACGGACAGUCGCUCUACUCGCAGGGGAUCGGCCAGCGCAGAAGGGGGUUGAGUGAAGCUGAAGGGGUGGAUGCCUGGAGAUUCCUGCUUGGGCUCGAUGUGGAGAACUUCGAGCAGGAUAUCCCAGUGGUUGGUGAUGGCCGACCUCUUCUUCCUGUGCAUUGCUCGAACAUGAUUGAAGAGACUGUGGGGCACUAUGACGAUAAUGACCGAGCGAUUAUGACAGUCGCCUUCCUACGCUUUCUCCGUAUGCUCAUGGCGGAGGUCUCCAUGGCCUUUGAGAGAGGUGUCCGAAUCGCCGAGGCCAGAGUUUCAGAGGAAGUUCUGGUGGACGUCCCUGUGGACCCAGCUGGGGAACCUGACACGUCCUCGUAUAUGCAACGCUCGGUGACUUCCAUGCUCCGUCAACAGCCCGCACCAACUUCUAGCGGAACCUGGCACCAAGCACUCCAGGGCUUGCAAGUGGCGCUGGACCGCAUGGACGUGACGACUCGACGAGCAAAUGUGGAAGGGCUUCGUAGCAGACUGGACAGGGAUGCAGGAGUUCCCCAAGCACAAAGAGACCAACUUGUUGCUGUGCUCAUUGCAAUGUCAGACGGUGAAGAUGGACCCGGGGGUGUUGGUGAUGUGUGCUGGCAAGUCAAAUGGUGGUCCUUCCUCUUCCCUGGCCCUGAUAUGAGCAACAGGCCGGCAAGCUCAACCGAUGCGGUGCACUUUGAUGCCGCAGGCCAUGCCCCUACGCUUGACGAGCUCCUGGAAGAUGAGCAGGAGAUGCGCGCGGGGCAAGCUGAGCGACGAGAUCGGGAACUGCGUGAACAAGUAGAACAUGAAACGAGGGAAGCUGAGUACCUUGAAUACCAAGAGGGCCUGCUUGACGCACCCACCAAGGUGACAGAGAAUACGAACAACCGACGGCUCACGGCAGCUGAGUUCAAAGCAUGGGAGGAUUGGCAAUGGUAUGACAUCAUGACCGAGAAUGCUCCCAAACGCAUGCGAAAGACCCUGGCCGUGACCGUGAGUGGACGCCUAUCCCCUCAGGGUGGUUGGCUGUCUCGGAGCAUGCGUCUUCCUCUUCCACGAGAUGGAGAAACGAGCCGAGUUGUGGUGGACUUGGCAGUGGUCAACGAGGAAUGCCCUGAUGAUGUGGAAACUGUGGUGCUUGAGCCUGGCGUUGGCUCUCCCUUGGCCGCUGGCAACCCCGUGGACCCCCACAAGUCGACCAUGGACAAUGCGGACACGCUGCCUUAUGAUGCCACUGCAAUGACGCAAGUGAGUGCUGCAGACAGUCAAGAACAGCUACAAGGGUUGGAAUUCACUGACUAUGAGAAGCUGUAUGCGGGUUGGAAAGCAGGGAGACUCACUGACGACCACGUCAAAGAUGUGGGGGGCGAAGCUCUACUUGAUCUCAUGCAAGCACAGAGGGCCCUUGACUUUGAGGACACCCAGAUGGACUUCAUGCCGAACGAGGUAGCUGCUGUAGCUCCGAAAGCAGAUGGUCCCUUUGGCGACCUGGGAGACUCCAUUAGUCAGGGCCAGCGGCAAGGUUUCGCAGUGAAUCCGGACAGCUUGACGCAGGCAGGAUGCAACCCGUUGUGUAACAUCGCCGAUUUUCUGAAGGAAGCCGGCGUUAGCCCAGAAACCGCCUCCGUUGCCAACCACGAGACCCGCAUGGCGGUAGGCUGGGACAAUUGGGGUGAAGCCAUGCUCAGCUUCCUCGAGCAGAGGUUUAACAAAGAAAUCAUUCACCUCGCCGACACAUCACGCGUCUCUGGCGGAGCCAUCUACGGUGAAGCCACGGAGGCUAUCAGGGCGACGGUCCAUGAGAAUUGGCCCUUCUCACAGCAAGACUUCAUGGACAGGGGGUACGGUUUCGAAGACUACGUGAGGAUCGCGCAAGGCCAAGAUCCAGGCGCAGUGUGGCUCAACGACGAACCCGACGUUGAACGCAUCUCAGCAGAGAUACGGGUGCUCGUCACGGAUCGGUGGUGUGCAGUGGCCGUUUGUUUAGCUCGGGUAUCGGUCGUGCACCUACCGGCGUUUGCCGUGGAAAAGGAGCUUCGGGCAGCUUGGGCCUAA